AUGUGGUUGUUAUUUCGCUGGAAGUGUGCGCUCCCUGAGGUGCACACAUCUGGGCGGUGCGUGCCCCUCUGGGGUUCUGCGGCGUUGGGUAGCGUGCCCCUUGGUGUUAUUGUUCUUUCUAGCGAGACUGCCGGUCGAGAAGUGUGUGUGUGGAGACACGCUGCUACGUGGGGUCGUCCUCCUGGUGUGUGUGUGUUGCUCGCGCGCGCAUGCCUGCCUGCGCGGGAUUCGCUGAGCAAUGUGUCGCUGACUUCCCUUUAUAAAAAAAAAAGAAAAAUAGUUCGCGAUAUGUUCGUUUGCUUGACAGACGCCGAAGUACCGUGUUCACGCAAAGGGUCGAUGAAGAUCUCGUCUCGCCUUUCGCGCUUUCGGGGUCCCGCAGUUAUCGUAUCUUUUCGAAGUGCACCGGGCUAA